UGGCACUAUAUAGCCUCUAUAGAGGUUAUUUUCUCCAUUCAACUGCAAGCAAGAACCGCUGAGACACUGCACACAGCAAGCUCUUCACUGCACACAACAGGAUAGAGGGAUUUCUUUACUCCUUUUCCAAUAUAACAUGGAGGUGGCACCUUGUGUCCAGGAAGCUAGUAGCCACGCAGCAUCGCUGCUGGCAAGUCUGAACCUCCAAAGAGAACGAGCUCAGUUCUGUGACUGUGUGGUCAGACAGAUACAGAGCCCGGGUCAACUGCACCCUGCACACAGGUGUGUCCUGGCAGCCUCAAGUCCAGUGCUGGCGUCUAUUUUGUCCACUACUGGUGCCCUGGUGGAACUGCAGGCUCCAUGUUUGUCUGACUCUGUGCUUGCAUUUCUUCUGGACUAUAUUUACACAGGGGCAUUGCCAUCCACUCAUAGCCAGCACCAGUAUUACAAUCUGCUCACUGCUGCCUGCCACCUGCAGAUGGAUGAACUGCAGAAUGCUCUGAGGGCUUUGCAGACUGAGGUGAAAACUGCAGAUAAUGUAAACGCCUCCAAUAAACCACAUGAAGACAAGUAUCUGCCAUCAUCACUGGAGAAAAAGGAUCAUCAAUAUCCACCCAAUGUGGACACAUGCGAUAAUAUAGAUCCAUGCAGAAGUUGCAGCGAAAAUGAUGCAAACCACUGUAGCAAAAAAGAUGGAAGUGCCUUCUGUAGUAUAUCUGAAAGCAUUGAAAGUAGCGUCAAUACAGGUAACUGCAGACCACAGCAGUUGAUUCAAAACAUCAACUGCACCACUGAAGUGCACAGGGUUUCUGGAGUAGACAAAGAGGUGCAAAAGGAUCCGUUUGACUCAGCUCAUUCAGCUGGCACUGUAAAACCAGAGACCUGGCAGAGGGGCACAGAAGAUGAGCCAGAGCAGACAGUUGGGAGCAAGACGAGCUCAAAUUUACUUUGCAUUGCCGGGAUACAAGAGGAAGAGACGAGCACAGCAGCAGAGGAGAAGCAAACUAACAGAAAAGAGGAAGACAAGACUCCAAUCCGUCACUCUCCCCUUCUUUGUCUCUCAACCACUCACCUUAAGGGCUAUGUUUCGCCCUCACAGUACUCCUCCUCAUCCUCUUCAUCAUCACCACAUCCAUGCUGUGGGGCAGUACCUGUCAUUUGUCACAGCAGUAGUGCAGGAGUGAUCCAGUUGGCAGAGAUGUCUCCAAUGCAUUCUCCUUAUCAUCCAGUAUCUCAAGCCCCAGUCAGCUCCAGCAGGGCCCCUGACCCAGAAAGCAUUAACAAUGAGAGCACUGAUGAAGGUGCUACCACUAGACACAAGAAACAUUGUGCAGUACAGAAUCAGGAUUGCAGAAACAGUAAAGAUCACAGUGGGAGUUGGGAUUACAUGCAUGUUUCAAAUCAAUCUGACAUCCUAAAACAGGUUUGCAACUGCAGCAAUGCAGAUGAUUUGAUAGGACAGAAUGAUGAACAUACGAGCAAUGGAUUAUCCCCCAUUACAGAUCAUAAUGAUGGCCAUGCUCAUUGUGAUUCAAUUCAGAACAAGAAUCCUAUCAAACAUUUUAGGGAUGAUUCAGGGCCACAGAAUAGGGAUUGCAGCAGUUUUGCCAGAAGAUUAAAGUAUAAAAAUGAUCUUAAUUUUGAGGGUGUCCCCUCCAAGCAUCAGCGACUAGAAGGUUCAGAUUGCCACAAUGUCCGGAAGGCAACACAGGAGCAGUCCAUUCGCUCACAAGAUCCGAAACCUGAUGUUCCACUUCCUGUACAGGAUACAGACACAGGAAGUGGCCCGCGCUGUGGAAGUUUGUGUGCUGAAGGAGAAGCGAAAGAGGAAGACGGUUAUUCGAGAUGUCCAGCUGAAACAGAUAAACAGGACGGCCACUGCAACUUGGAUAGAACUGAGACAAGCACAAAAGCUGCUGCUUCUAGCCAGCAUGAAAGUGACUCAGACAACACAGACAGAGGUAUGACAGACAGAAGUCAUGUCUCCACCACACUUGAAUCAUGUCUGGAUAGUGUCACUGGUGGUCUCUCUGGCUUUGAACGCCGCACAUCUAUGGAGUUUGACAAGAUGUCAGGCACUGAGAUCACAGAGCCAAACAUAACUUUUACUGUGGACCCCAACAUGUCUGACUGUACGUAUAGUGUUGUGGGGCCAUCAUACUAUGGACUUCUUCAAUAUCACUGCCUACCACAGGAGGAAGCACACUUAUCAUACGAAUACUCUGGUCGCAGACGCUCCAACUUUAGCCACCCUGAUCAUUCAGACCAGUCCAGUGAUGAGGAGGAGGUUGGUGGCUUUGCCAGUCCAGGUUACAAUCCUCUGAGGCAGCACUUUGCUACAGCGACCACAGACCAGGUUCUGCUGCUGGACAUUAGUGCCAAACCUGCUGAGUUGCUAGUUGCUAAUGCAUUCGGCCAAAAGAAAACAUUUGGAACCAGCGAGGCUCUCUGA